AUGACGUUGGUAAUCAACAGCAUCUUCCAGAGCUCCCCGCAUUGUGUUGGAGUAAUGAAUUUCCUCCGGACUCAAAUCCCCAGAGGCUCUCGUUUCUUCAGAUCCCAGGCCAGAGCCAUGCAUAUCCAGUCGAUUCCUAUGUGGACGGGGAAGGGCAAUAACUAUGCCUACCUAGUGACAGAUGAACCGACCAAGCAGUCGGUGAUCAUUGAUCCUGCCAACCCUCCAGAGGUUGCGCCAGUGCUUAAGUCACAGAUUGAGGCCGGCAAUAUCAAUUUGAAGGCCAUUGUCAACACUCAUCACCACUGGGAUCAUGCUGGCGGCAAUGAUGAUAUUUUGAAACAAUUCAAGGGCCUUCAGGUCAUUGGUGGUAAGGACUGUGCAUCUGUUAACAAGACUCCCGCCGAUGGGGAAACAUUCAAGAUUGGAGACCGUAUCUCUGUCAAGGCUCUGUAUACCCCCUGCCAUACACAAGACAGCAUCUGCUUCUACAUGCAAGACGGGGAUCAGCGCGUUGUGUUCACUGGUGACACCCUUUUCAUCGGCGGCUGUGGUCGAUUCUUCGAAGGCAACGCAAAGGAGAUGCACAAGGCCUUGAACGAAACCCUUGCAGCUUUGCCUGACGACACCAAGGUUUACCCCGGUCACGAAUACACCAAAGCAAACGUCAAGUUCUGUAUUGCUGUUUCGCAGACUGAACCGAUCAAAAAGCUCCAAGCUUUCGCAGAGCAGAACACGGAGACCCAAGGAAAAUUCACCAUUGGAGACGAGAAGGACCCCGAGAUUCAUAAGGUCACCGGCAAGACCGACCCUGUGGAAGUCAUGGCAGCACUGAGAGAGAUGAAGAACUCUAUGUAA